UCCCCCGAGGUGUGCAUGCAGCUGCCAUCAUGGAGCCGGUGCCAGAGCCCUGUACAGCUGUUUGCUGAGGGUCAGCCUAUUUACAUGGCAGUGAAAGGAGUGGUUUUUGAUGUUAGUUCUGCAAAAGAAUUUUAUGGAAAAGGUGCCCCAUACAAUGCCUUGGUUGGAAAGGACUCAACACGAGGAGUUGCAAAGAUGUCACUUGAUCUGGCAGAUCUAACUCAUGACACAACAGGACUCACAGAAGAGGAGCUAAAGUCCCUGGAUGAGAUCUUCAAUAAUGUUUACAAAGCCAAGUAUCCUAUUGUUGGCUACACUGCUCGAAGAAUUCUGAAUGAGGAUGGCAGUCCCAAUCUGAACUUCAGGCCUGAGGAUCAACCACAUUUCAGCAUUAAAGAUGAGUUUUGAUAUAUGAUUUAGCGUCCCCAAAAGCCCUUGAUAGUCACUGUAAAACACCAGCUUUCCUCAAAAGGAAGAACACUUCUUAGGAAUUGCAUAUGUAUAUAUUUUUUAUCAUUUUUUUAAAUUGCAAUCCUCUGGAUGUUGACAGCUUUACUACUGUAGUGAAUUCCUCCAAGCAGUGAACCAAAUAAAAUUAUAUCAGUGGCACAUAGUUGUACUAUUUACUGUGGACUGCAGGAUUAUUUCAAUAAAUUUUUCCACUGCCAGUG